AUCCACGAACUCUCCUCAAUAACCAAGACCACCUAUAAAUACAACCCACACCAUAAACAACCCAUAUCAGUCAUCUACCGUCACAUAUCGUAUACCUUAUCUUCUCUCUCAGUUGGUGCAGAUUGUGAUUGGUGAGCAAGAUGUCUGGGCGUGGAAAAGGUGGUAAGGGUUUGGGAAAGGGUGGAGCAAAACGUCACCGUAAGGUGUUGCGCGAUAACAUUCAAGGAAUCACUAAGCCAGCGAUUCGUCGUUUGGCUCGUAGAGGUGGCGUGAAGCGAAUCAGCGGUCUCAUCUACGAAGAGACACGUGGCGUGCUCAAGAUCUUUUUGGAGAACGUGAUUCGCGACGCUGUGACCUACACUGAGCACGCGAGGAGGAAGACCGUUACUGCUAUGGAUGUGGUCUAUGCUCUCAAGAGACAGGGAAGGACUCUAUAUGGAUUUGGGGGUUAGGGUUUUUUAUUAUUUUCUGUUGAGUUUAAUGUGGCUGAGGUAAAGCCUUGCUAGUGGUGUGUUAGUUAGGAGAAGGGGCGAUGAUGAUAAAUAUAUGAGUAGGGAGUAUUGUAUUGUAAUGUAAUGUGCUUUUGUUGGCAAUUAUGUAAUCUAAUUACAAUGUUCCAAAUUGUUAGAACCAUUUGGUUUUCGGUUUAUUACUUCAUUAACUUUCUACUGCGAAUUUUACAUUUGAGGAGUUUUGAUU